UGUUUUCCGGCGCCGACGCAGCGCAAUGACGUACUCCCCGACAUCCCAUGUCCAAGAUGGCUGCGGUCCGCAAGGAGAGACGUCGCUGAGGGGCUUAUCGGAGGCGAGGGGAUCCUAACAUUUUCAGAGAAUCUUUUGAAAAGAACAAGUCUACUUCAAUAAAUGAAGGAGAAUAAAGAAAAUUCAAGCCCUUCAGUAACCUCAGCAAACCUGGACCACACAAAACCAUGUUGGUACUGGGAUAAGAAAGACUUGGCUCAUACACCCUCUCAGCUAGAAGGACUUGACCCAGCCACUGAGGCCCGAUACCGCCGAGAGGGGGCUCGGUUCAUCUUUGAUGUGGGCACACGUUUGGGACUACACUAUGAUACCCUGGCAACUGGAAUAAUUUAUUUUCAUCGCUUCUAUAUGUUUCAUUCCUUUAAGCAGUUUCCAAGAUAUGUAACAGGAGCUUGUUGUCUCUUUCUGGCUGGGAAAGUAGAAGAAACACCCAAAAAAUGUAAAGAUAUCAUCAAAACAGCUCGUAGUUUAUUAAAUGAUGUACAAUUUGGCCAGUUUGGAGAUGACCCAAAGGAAGAAGUAAUGGUUCUGGAGAGAAUCUUACUCCAGACUAUAAAGUUUGAUUUACAGGUAGAACAUCCAUACCAGUUCCUACUCAAAUAUGCAAAACAACUCAAAGGUGAUAAAAACAAAAUUCAAAAGUUGGUUCAAAUGGCAUGGACAUUUGUAAAUGACAGUCUCUGCACGACCUUGUCACUGCAGUGGGAACCAGAGAUCAUAGCAGUGGCAGUGAUGUAUCUCGCGGGACGUUUGUGCAAAUUUGAAAUACAAGAAUGGACCUCCAAACCCAUGUAUCGGAGAUGGUGGGAGCAGUUUGUGCAAGAUGUCCCUGUGGAUGUUCUGGAAGAUAUCUGCCACCAAAUCCUGGAUCUUUACUCACAAGGAAAACAACAGAUGCCUCAUCACACGCCUCAUCAGCUGCAUCAGCCCCCAUCGCUCAACCCCACACCACAAGUGCCACCAGUGCCACCAUCACAGUCGGCUCCAGGCCCUGAACCACCGCAGCCCCCACAGAAGGACCCGCAGCCAUCAACCCAGCCGCCGCCGCCGCCACAGCAAGUCCAGCAGCCCAAGAAACCGUCCCCACAGCCUAGUCCCCCCCGCCAGGUGAAGCGAGCCACGGUUGUUUCUCCCAAAGAAGAGAACAAAGCAGCAGAACCACCACCACCUAAAAUUCCCAAAAUAGAGACCACUCACCCUCCAUUGCCUCCGGCCCACCCACCACCAGACCGGAAGCCUCCCCUCGCGGCUGCCUUAGGCGAGGCUGAGCCACCAGGCCCCGUGGAUGCCAGUGAGCUCCCCAAAGUCCAGAUUCCUCCUCCGGCCCACCCGGCCCCUGUGCACCAGCCACCGCCGCUGCCACACCGGCCACCGCCACCGCCACCCUCCAGCUACAUCACCGGGAUGUCCACCACCAGCUCCUACAUGUCUGGAGAGGGCUACCAGAGCCUGCAGUCCAUGAUGAAGACCGAGGGCCCCUCCUACAGCGCCCUGCCCCCUGCCUACGGGCCUCCAGCCCACCUGCCCUACCACCAUCCACCUCACCCUCCUCCAGGCCUGGGCCUGCCUCCAGCUAGCUACCCACCUCCAUCUGUCCCCCCUGGAGGACAGCCACCUGUGCCCCCACCCAUCCCCCCACCGGGCAUGCCUCCAGUCGGGGGCUUGGGGCGCGCAGCCUGGAUGAGAUAACCUGAUGCCUUCCCCCCCCCCCUUUUUUUUUUUAACAAGUUUUUCUAGUUACCUUGAAGGGUAGUUGAAGUGAGGAAGCAGCAGGGUACCUUGUAUAAUGCUGGACAGUUGCAGUAUGGGAAGACAUGGACCAGGCCCGGGAGAUGGAUCAGAUGGUCCUCCAGGCCCGGAGUGGGGACAGCCUCGGCAGUGCCCGGGCCGCCCGGCUGUGCUGGUGUUGGCUGAGGGCCGCGUCCCGCACUGGGUGACUAUACUAGUGAAAAUGUUAACCAGCCAUAUUGGCUCAAUAAAUAGCUUCCGUAGGAGUCAAUUUCCUUCUAGAAAUCAGUGCCUAUUUUUCCUGGAUACGCAGUUUUAAACAGUCCAGUUCCAUCUGAAGUCAAGCUGUCGUCAUCACUUCCAUUCCGUGUUCUCUUCCAUGACACCCAGUCGGUCAGAAGAAGCUCUUUGAUUUAGAGAUAUUUACAUCUUUGUAUUAAAGUUAUUUUGAAGGGGUUGCCUGGUUGGAUGGCUUUUUUUCUUUUUCCUCUGGGAAGAAGGGGAGGAAUGUACUUGGGAAGUAAUGUAUGUUUACAUCGAUCUGCAAGUUCCUGUACAUAGAUAUUUUUUAAGUGUGAAUGUAACAACAUACUGUGACUUCCAUCUUGGUUACACAGGAGACUCCUUCAGUCAGUUAUCCAAAUAAAA